AUGUUCUUUCCGAUUUUGGAUGAGUUAAAAUCAACUGUUACUGAUCUUGGCCAAAGUCACAUGUGCCAUACCCAAUGGUUUGCCCACUACUGUUGCCUGACACUACAUGAAGGCUCAUCUCCAAUGAGCAUGGAUUUUCAUCCCACUUGGCAGACAAUUCUUCCAUUUGGAACUUGUGUUGGAGACAUAGGACCACCAUGGGAUGUUAGUUCCAGGGAAAAGUUGCUUUUGAGAAAUUUUAGAGUCUGGAAUCUUGACGCAGGCCCGAUGGCCUUAAAGAUGCGUCUGCUUCUGGAUUAUGCACUACUCUUUCAACCUUACUGA